AUGGCUACCAACAAGAAACGCAAGUACGAAGAUGAACAUCGGACAUUCCUUCUUGAGUGGGAGGAAAAUUUCGCCUUCACUGAGAAAAACGCUUCAUCUGAUUUGAGAGAAGUCAAACAGGCCCAGCUCAAAUCGCGACUUCAGAAUCAGCAGUGCUUGAUGAAGACCUUCACCAAGGAAUCUGACGUAGCAGCCGAAGCAAGCUUUGCAAUCGCGUGGAACAUUGCUCGUACCAAGCGCAUUUCACAGCUAAGCGCCGACGUCGUCGACAAGCUUCAAGAGGGCCUAAACAGCUGCAAAGCAUUCAGCUUAGCCCUUGAUGAAUCUACGGAUAUACAAGACAAGCCACAGCUUGCAAUCUUCGUCCGUUAUGUCUCAUCCGACGAAAGCGUGAGAGAAGAGCUUCUGGACAUGGUUGCCCUCAAGGAAACCACUCGCGGUGUUGACAUUAAGAAUGCAUUGUUAACAACGUUAGAGAGGUUCGACGUUCCUCUACAGAAACUUGUCGCUAUUGCCACUGAUGGUACGCCUGCUAUGCUUGGUAAGAAUGUGGGCUUGGUAGGUCUUCUGCGGAGCGAUCCCACCAUUCCAGAUUUUCUCUCAUUUCAUUGCAUUAUCCAUCGCGAGCACCUGGUGGCGAAGCAUUUCAGCUACAAAGACGUUAUAAGCACCGUCCUUCGAGUCGUCAACUACAUACGAUCAAAUGCAAAAACCCAUCGGCAAUUCUGCAACUUCCUCGAAGAACAGGAACUUCAUGAAGCGCCCAACGACGUUUCGUUUUUUUGUGCGGUACGCUGGCAGUCACUGAGCAACGUACUAUCAAGGUUUGUGGAUCUCCUUAAGCCAAUUCAAGCUUUUCUGGAGGCGAAAGAGAAGCCAUGUCCUGAACUUCAUGACGCAGGUUGGUGUGUUGAUCUCGGUUACCUCACUGACGUAGUUCAGCACCUUAAAACUCUAGACAUGUCGCUGCAAGGGAAAGAAAAAAUAGUAUCGGAAUUCGCCCAAACAGUCUUCAGCUUCCAAAACAAGCUAAAACUUUUUCAAAACGACCUGAAAACAAAGCGCCUGAUCCACUUCCCGCAGCUGAAGAGCAUGCUGGAUGCAGAACCCGAGUUUGAGCUGACCGAUGCUAAGCUCAGGGAAUAUUUCGUAAAGCUCGAGGAACUCGAGAGGGACUUUCAUUCCCGGUUCAAAGAUAUGCACCAACUCAAGCCCUGUUUUGCCCUUCUGAUGAAUCCUUUUAUGGUUGAUGUGUUGAGUGUCGACUGUCCAGCCAUGAAAAACUUGGCAGGAGAUGUAGGAGCGUUGGAACUGGAACUGCUUGAACUACAAGAAGACGAAGGGCUGAAGACGUUCCUGCAGUCUCAGAAAAUUGCAGUAUUCUGGGGGCAGGUGCUAGAAGCAAGGUAUCCCCACGUCAAGCUCGCGGGCCAGAAACUCCUCUCCAUAUUUGGAUCAACAUACUGCUGCGAGGCUGUGUUCUCAACAAUGAAAGCGAUUUCGUACAAUGGCCAGGACAGAUUCUAA